AUGUCUUCUGCCGGUCACGCGUCCCCCAACGUCCUCAUCGAUAAGUUCGAUGGGUACAACUAUUCGACCUGGAGUCGAUACAUGCGUGGCGUGUUCCUGACAAAGUCAGUGUGGCAUGCUGUCAACCGGGAGAGCUCCCCGACGUUCGUGGGCCCUCGAGCGCAGGACGACUUCGUCAAGACCAACAACAUCGCAUUUGGAAUGAUGCUGCUGCACAUGGGUGCGGACUACCACCAUGUGGUUGACAACUGCGAGGAAGCGUGGGUUGCGUGGCAAAGCCUGAAGGUGCUGUACGGUGGAUCCCAGAAAUCGGGAAGGAUCUACCUCAAGCGUCAAAUCUUCAGCAUGGAGAUGGAUGAAGGCGCGAACGUCAUGCAUCACUGCAAUGAGCAGCGCAGAGCUUUGCACCAAGAUGUGGUGAAGGUGCUCACGAAUGAGCACACCAAGCGCCAAGGGGAGAAGGUGACGACAACAGUGAUGAUGGUCAAGACUGAAGAUGAAGCCAAGGCCUUCAACAAUGAGCGCGAGCCAUACAAGUGCACAUACUGUGGGAAGUGGGGACAAUAUCGUGAUGAAGACAGCGACUACGAUCAAGUAGCGUUUGCAGUUUCGCUAGAGUGUGGACUCUCAGCGAAGAAGGACGUGUCCGGAAUGUGGGCCGUCGACAGUGGUGCAACACACCACAUAUGCCACGACAAGACCAAGUUUGCAAUACUGAACAAGCGCAACGACGGUGAAAUCUUGGUGGCGGAUGGCAACAAAGUGGCCGUCAAGGGUAUUUGGAACUAUCUUUGA